GCAGUGAUUUUCCUUUCUGGAUUUCAGGUCCAUGACGGAUUUCGGCGGCGGGAGCAGCUGGAACCGGCGUUUAUGCAGAGUUGCUGAGCAGUGAGCAUCUCGUCACCAUUGACCUUCCGUGACCUUGCCGGUCGCCCCGGCGGACUAGCAGCAGCCCGCACUAUCGUUGUCAUUACCUCCCACGACCGGACGGCCGCGGCGCCCCUUCGGAGCCGGCUGGCGGGCCCGACUGAGCUCAGCGGCGCCGACGGGCCAUCCGCCCGGCGACACGGAGCGACUCUCAGCUGAUUGGCCGAGCGCCGGCUGGGUACGGAGCCGGGCGGGGGAGGGGGCGAUCAGCUGUUGGGGGCGCCGCCGCCGCGCCGGCCGCCGGGCGCCGGCGCUGUGGCCAUUCCGGGCUGGGCGCUCGGGCAGUGAGGGAGACUGUCUCCGGGGUCCGCGCGAACCGACCGACUCGAACUAGCGACUGAGGUCUGCCUAACUGCAGACUUCUUCGAGAACUUUACAGUGUUACGGACGCCAUGUCUGCGUGCAGCAUCUCCAGAGACCUGGGCGACAGCCUGCUCUGCUGCGAGAGUGGUGUGUUUGAACAGGAGCCCAUCUGCAAGGCGAUCCGCGACCCGGCACUCAUCAACGACCGGCGCGUGCUCACCAACCUGCUGGACGCCGAGAGCCGCUACAUGGCCUCCUGCUCCUACUUCAAGUGCGUCCAGAACGAGAUCAAGCUGCCCAUGAGGAGAAUCCUGGCCUACUGGAUGGUCGAGGUGUGCGAGGAGCAACGCUGCCAAGACGAUGUAUUUCCGCUGGCUAUGAACCUCCUGGACCGAUUUCUCAGUGUGACCAACGUCAAAAAGGACCACCUGCAGCUACUGGGUGCCGUGUGUCUGUUCGUCGCCUCCAAGCUGAGGGAGACGCGGCCGCUCACCGCAGAAAUCCUCGUCCAGUGUGCCGACAACAGCAUCAGCGUUCCAGAUAUCAUAGAUUGGGAGCUGCUGGUUCUCCACCGGCUACGAUGGGAGAUCAACGCCGUCACGUCACACGACUUUCUGGACCCGCUGUUGCACCGCCUGUCGUUGGAGCGGUACCUGUCGUCCUCGCGCGUGCCGGACGUGCGGCGGCAGGCCCAGACCUUCAUCGUCAUGUGCAGUACAGAAUUCAAGUUCAGCAUCCACACCCCGAGCAUGGUGGCGGCUGCUAGCCUGGCGGCGGCCGUCCAGGGCCUGCUGCCGGCCAGCCGGGAAGGCGCCAUGAACGGCAUCUUCAGCCAACUACACCGCAUCACCGCCGUCGAAACGGACCUGCUGCGCGGCUGCCUGGACCAGAUCGAGGAAAUGAUCCGCGAGUUCACUGCCGAGCAGAACAGCCGCGCUGCGGCCGCGCCCGGCUCCGACCCGGCCGCCGAUCUGUCGGGGGAAUACCAGACCGCCGAGACGCCCACCGAUGUGCGAGAGGUGCACUUCUAGGCCGGCUCAUCGGCCGCCUCCUGCAGCCGUGACGUCACCCACCCGUGUGACGUCAUAGCCGCGGUCACGGGUUCGUGCGCGUGGAACUCGCCAGCACCUCCUCGAGUCGCCUCGACUGCCAUCGUCUAGUCGUCUGCAGAAAACAGCACACAGGGACAAGCUGGUUUUAUGUUUGGCCAAGGUGCCGCCUGCGCUCAACAGGGGUGCCCUAGUAUUCGAUGCUCUGGUAUCGUUUUUAUUGCGUUCAUUUUGGGCCUAGAUUCGCCAAGGUCGAUUCGGGGGCAGCUGGUGGGUUUCACGGACUAAGAGGCCGCUAAAACGGCCAACACUCCUCACAAAAUGUCAGAGGUUCGACUAGUUCAUGAUAUUAUAUCAGCACAUAUGUAGCUUUUCAAAAGUAUUUAGGAUUGUAGUGUACGAAAAUUUAAUCGAAAACAUUAGUGUGCUGAUAAAGUAUCCUGAACUUGCAUACCUCCUCCAUUUUGUAUGGACUGUGAGUUGUUUUGUCCGGUCCGCGCACGGGCCUCUCUCGUACCUUGGUGGGGUUUCGGCGGCCCUCCUCCGUGGCUCCGGCCCGGCAGUCAUCCGUCGUUAGUCGAUAUCUGUAUAUAACUGUGAAUGUGAUACGGUGUGUCCGUGAAGCCCGUCCGGUGCAGACCACCAGAGCGUCGCGCCGGACGUCAGAGUACAAAGUCGGCUGCCGCCGGGGCGUCGGUCCGACACUGACCGGGGCCGCACGGCUGACCAAACAGCCGCUGGGUCACGCGGUCAGGUCGGGGCGGCGCCCUGACUGGCAGCCGUCGUAAGUUAGUCCGCGUCUCGCGUUCGGGGUUCAAUGGGGAGAGGGGAGGGUGGCGAAAGGGAUCGGAGUGGGGCCCAGCUCUGGAAUCAGGCAGGUAGUGUUUUAUCUCAGGUACGGGGGACCGGCGGGCGGCGGGGCGCCGGCGGCCGGGCCGGGUCAGGUCGGGUCGCCGGUGGCCACCCCGUCCGCCGGCUCAGGACGGCACGAUCAGGCGCAGUGGUGUGUACCUCCGCGGACAGAGCACUGCCACAGUAGGGGGUCGAACGGGGGCCGGCCAUCCCCGGCCGGGCCGACACUGCGCGGCUCGGCUAGAACCAGUGUUAUGUUUGUCAGUGGCGUUAGAACGACAUCGUACGCGCUGGUUUAGGUGUUAACAUAGCGCUCGUUUUAAUGACGGUCUAAAUAUAUCUAUAUUUUAGGUGUGUUGCGCGUGAGUCGUUUCAUGCCCUUGCUUAUCUUUGUCGUGUUUCGCUAGUUUGCGGCGCCUUGGUGGACCGACGUCAGGCAGCCUUAUUGAAUGGAUGGAACUUACGCUUACGAUCUGUACCUCAUGAGUUUGUUUACAAAUACACGAAAAAUUU